AUGGCUACCCAGGAAGCUGAUAAUGCAGAGCUUGGGACAGCUUCAGCAAGUGAUACCCCAGGCAGCCAGGCAAAGCCAGAAGGGGCUAAUAAUUCUGUUUACCAACCCAUUGAUGGAUCACAAGAUUAUCAGAAAGAACUACAAGCCCUUGAGGUAACCAUCCAGAUUCUGAAUGGAGCAAUGAUUCUGGCUACGGGUGUUUUUCUGGGUUCCUCACAAUACCAGUUCCAUUUCAUCAGCCACUUCCGUUUCUUUACCUUCUAUGUGGGCUAUCUGCUAUGGGGUGCUGUGUUUUUGGGUGCAUACAGGAUCUUGUCUGUUGCAGCAGGGAGAAAACCCACAAGAAUGCUGGUCCAAAACUCAUUUCCUAAGGUUCCUCUUCAAACCUUCUCCAUGCACAGUCUUCCCUCACAUGUAAAUCAGCUUGGGGAUGAACAUGCCUGUGCUACAAUUGCACUGGUUGGGACUCUUUGUCUCUCCAUAAAUUCAGCAAUUAAUAACCAGUUAUUCAAGAGUUGUCAGUUUUCACAGUCACCAGACAUAUGCAUUUACAUGGGUUCUUCAUCAAACGGCCUUGUGUCUCUGAUGCCCAACCUCACCUUGCUGGAACUAUGCAUAGUCAUCUCUGUCUCAACAAUAAGGUAUCUUAACUGUAAAGUGAAAGCAACUUCCUCACCUCCCAACGCUGUAUAAUCGGUAAUACCUCCUGAUAAAAGUACUUCUGAGAGCAUGAAUAUUCAACCUAAAAUCUCGAAUAAAUCAGAGCUUCAUCCAAGAACUCAGGAGAACCUGAGCUCAUAA